AUGCAUUUCAAGACUCUUACCGCGUUGGCUCUUGCCUCGCUCGUCUCCGCCCAGACCUACACUGAGUGCGAUCCCACCAAGAAGACCUGCCCCAAUGACAAGGCCGUCGGCAAGGAGAUCAUCAACAUCGACUUCACCAAGGGCGAGGACAACUUCUUCAAGAACAUGGUCGGCACCACCAUCAAGUAUGACAACAAGCUUGGCGCCGUCUACACCAUCAAGAAGGAGACCGAUGCUCCUACCGUUGCUAGCUCCCGCUACAUCUUCUUCGGCCAGGUCGACGUUACCGUGAGGGCCGCCUUCGGCAAGGGUAUUGUCACCAGCUUCGUCCUUCAGUCCGAUGACCUCGACGAGAUCGAUUGGGAGUGGAUCGGCAGCGACCACACCCAGGUUCAGACCAACUACUUCAGCCAGGGUUGCACCGAGACCUACGACCGCGGUGGUUUCUCUCCCGUCGCUAACCCCCAGGACGAGUUCCACACCUACACCAUCAAGUGGACCCCUACCCAGCUCGACUGGAUCAUCGACGGUACUGUCGUCCGCACUCUCAAGAACGACGGCCAAAAGGGCUGCAGCGCCUUCCCCCAGACCCCCAUGCAGAUCAAGCUCGGCACCUGGGUUGCCGGUCGCAAGGACGCCGCCCAGGGCACCAUUGAGUGGGCCGGCGGUAUCGCCGACUACAGCGAGGGCCCCUUCAACGGCUUCUACCAGAGCAUCAAGAUCCAGGACUACAUGGGUGGUGACGGUAUCACCGGCCCCAAGGACGCCACCGAGUACAAGUACGGUGACAAGAGCGGCACCUGGCAGAGCAUCAAGGUCAUCUCGGGCACCUCUGUCUCGGACGCCGACGAGACCACCACCAAGGCUCCUUCCAAGACCAGCACUGCCACUUCGACCGCCACCACUCUGAGCACCGUCCCCGCCUCUUCUGCCUCCUCUGCCCCCGAUUCUUCCAUCAGCUCGCUCCCCAUCGACAGCACCCUCAAUAACAACGGCACCACCUCCACUGGCGAUGCUGCCGAGGCCACCGAGAGCGGUGACGUCCUCACCGGCGGUGCUGGCAAGCUCGCCAUGAGCAUUGCCUCGAUCGGCGCUGCCCUCUUCGCUGGCGCCAUGCUUCUUUAA